GCUAAGACUUGGCAUAUGAUAUUAUGCACAUUUUGUUGAACCCGGUUUCAGCCCAAAUGACCUGAAACUAACCUCUGGCGAUAUGCGUGAGUAGUUUUCAUGGUUCUGAGACCAUUGCCUCAUCAACAAUGAGUAACUAGCCGCUUAUACUCAAUAUUUAAACUCUGGUAACUCGGUUUGCCUUAAUUGUUUUACACUAACAAUAGAAGGCCAUGCAUGCGUCUAUUUUGCCGGAAGAAUUUCUGGAGGAGCAUAAUUGGGGGUUUGAGGUGUCCAUGCUUCAAACUUCGGUCCACAAAGUAUUGAUAGAAAUCAAAUGCCAAAACUCUUUCGAAAGAAAACGGCGCAAACCAGUUCAUGACCGACUUGAGCUUUUUGGCUUGCGAGACAAGUGUUUCUCUGCGGUGGCGCCUGUCGAACCCCCCGGAGCCUGCAACUGAUAGUGAUCUUGUACGCUGAGUGCUUUUAAACUAUCCAUGGAUUUUGAAAUAGAAGAAGAGCCCUCUGUUAGCAUAAGCACACAUCGUGGCAGAAAUAAAAAGGAAGGAUGUUUAAAGGGACUAGAUUCUACUUGGAGGUUCUUGCAAUCAGCUCACUUUUUUAUCUACCUGGCUCAUUUAUUAUCUACAUGGGGCGAUCGCAUGUGGCAUUUUGCUGUCUCACUUUUCCUGGUGGAACUCUAUGAAAAUAGCUUGCUGCUUCCAGCUGUGUUUGGUUUGGCUGUUUCUUCAUCACUUAUACUCUUUGGUGCCUUAGUUGGAAACUGGGUUGACAGAAAUACCAGAAUGGAAGUUGUACAAGUUGCUCUUCUUAUCCAGAAUCUCUCAGUGAUCUUAUGUGCUGUAGUGCUUAUGUUGUUAUUUGUUUAUGAGACUAAGAUCACAAUCCUAUGGAAUGGUUGGAUGAAGAUUGUUUGUUACACAUUUGUGAUCAUCGUUGGUGUGAUUGCAGACCUGGCUAGCACAGCAAUGUCAAUUGCAAUCCAACGGGAUUGGAUUAUAGUGGUUGCUGGUGACAGUGACAAAUUAUCAAGCAUGAAUGCUACAUUGAGGCAAAUUGAUCUUCUCAGCAAACUGCUUUCACCAAUGGCUGUGGGCCAGAUCAUGACUUUUAGCUCUUCUGUAGUUGGAUGUGGCUUUAUAGCUGGUUGGAAUUUGUUCUCCAUGUGUUUUGAAUAUUUGUUGCUGCAAAAAAUUUAUAAAAUGACUCCAGGACUAGCAAAAAAAGGUGAUAACCAGAACAAGGAGGAAGAAGUUUCAGAACGAAAUCAGACUACUUUUAAAGAUGAAAGAAUGGCUUCUGCUACAGUUUCGGUUGAGGGUGAGCUGAUUAAUAACAACAGUACAAAUCGAAAUGACAAGGAAACAGGCUGUAUCAAAGGCACUCUGGUUUCUGGAAUCAGGACAUUCCGAGACGGCUGGAUUAUCUAUUAUAAACAACCAAUGUUUCUUGCUGCAUUGGGUCUUUCAUUUCUUUACAUGACUGUACUAGGAUUUGAUGGAAUUACUACUGGGUACGCUUAUGCACAAGGAGUAAGCAGUUCUGUACUUAGCAUCAUGGUGGCAUUGUCUGCUCUCACAGGACUAAUAGGAACUAUGUUUUUCACCAUAUUGAGGAAAUAUUGUGGCCUUAUUCAUACUGGAUGUUUCUCAAGUAUUGCACAGAUCAUUUGCCUUACACUAUGCAUUGCGUCCGUGUUUGCUCCUGGAAGCCCACUUGAUUUGAGUGUACCUCUUUAUUCAAGUGCAUCAGAUCAGCUGGAAACCUAUACAACUACCAUCUUUCCUACUGAUGUUUUGAAUGCAUCUGUCACCAAACAGUCCUUCAUUAACAAACACAUUCCAUAUGACGAAACUUCACAACUACCAACCAACCUGACAAAUUCCACAGAAAUAAAGGAAUAUCUUUCCAUAGCACUAUAUUUUGCUGGUGCUGUGUCAGCAAGAGUUGGUUUAUGGAGCUUUGACCUGACAGUAACACAACUUAUCCAAGAAAUGGUUUAUGAAUCGAAAAGAGGAAUUGUAAAUGGUGUUCAGGGCUCCAUGAAUGGUAUUAUGGACCUUCUCCGUUUUGUCAUGGUUAUCAUCAUGCCGGCACCAGAACAUUUUGGCAUUCUUAUUAUCUUGUCUGUAGCCUUUGUUUCAAUGGGUGGGUUGCUUUUCUCUUGCUUUGCAAGAAAGACUUUGGGAAAGGAUCUAUUCAAGUGUGUUUGUAUGAAGGAAAAGCACUCUGAGAAUAACAAAGAUGCAAAGGUUGUGGCAGAAUCUAUCCUUUGAUGGGCUGUCAUAGAUUUUUGUGUCAGUUCAGAGGAUCUGACAGAAGUUGCUAUCACAAAACAGUUUCUACAAGCUGUAUUACUAUCAAAAUCCAGAAGAUAGAGACUAAUGAGAAUUUGUUUCAGCUUUAGAGGUCAGAGACUGCAGUAAACGAUCAGUGACAGAAUUGAAGUUUUUAAAAAUAAUAUUGUUUUAAAUAUAA